AUGGGACUCCAAGAGAUGUCAAACGACGACGCACACCACUCUCUCUCCAAACCCUCCACAAUCGGCUCCUCCGUAAUCCCAAUAAUCAACAAGCUCCAAGACAUAUUUGCUCCUCUCGGCGGCACCGAACUCUCCCAAAUACGCCUCCCUCAGGUGGCCGUAAUCGGUAGCCAGAGCAGCGGCAAGUCCAGCGUCCUCGAAGCCCUCGUCGGCCGCGACUUCCUCCCCCGUGGCUGCGGUAUCUGCACUCGCAGACCCCUCGUUCUUCAGCUGGAAAAUCGGCCGGUCCAGUCCGAUUCGGAUGAUAAUCGGGAAUGGGGCGAGUUUGGGCAUUUGCCCGGAAAGCGAUUCUACGAUUUCUCGAAAAUUCGCCGCGAAAUUCAGGCUGACACUGAAAAACAAGCAGGAUUUAGCAAAGGAGUUUCAGAUAAACAAAUUCGAUUAAAAAUUUCCUCUCCAAAUGUUCUCAAUAUAACUCUUGUCGAUCUGCCAGGGAUUACUAAGGUUCCUGUGGGAGAUCAACCCAGUGAUAUAGAAACAAGAAUCAGGAAGAUGAUAAUGUCGUAUAUCAAACAGGAAACAAGUAUCAUAUUGGCUGUUAGUCCUGCAAAUUCAGAUUUGGCAACUUCUGAUGCAUUACAGAUGGCUAAAGAGGCAGAUCCGAAUGGUUCUCGGACAAUUGGUGUAAUUACCAAGUUAGAUAUAAUGGACAAGGGUACCGAUGCUCGGCACUUUCUGCUUGGCAAAGUCAUUCCACUUCGCCUAGGAUAUGUUGGUGUUGUGAAUCGCAGUCAAGAGGACAUUAAUAAGAACCGUAGCAUUGCUGAAGCACUUGCAUAUGAGGAGCAGUUCUUCCAUGAUUAUCCUAUAUAUAGAGGUCUCUCUGACCGAUGCGGCAUCCCCCAAUUAGCAAAGAAGUUGAAUGAGGAGUUUACUGCCUUCAUGUCUCAGUUCAAAGCUAUAGUUUUUUGCACAUCCCCAUUAUGUGAGAUGCAUACUUGGGGCCUUCUAUGGUUGGGCAUUCAACGGUUGGUUGGUGCUGCUAGGAAGGUAUGGAGGAUAGCCCCUCUUUGCUUGUCUGGUGCUUAUAAGAGAGGAAAUAGAAGGGCGUGA